GUUGGCCCCGCUCGAUCUUUCUCGAUUGUGUGAUAACCAUUCAACGUGGCAUUCCUUCGAAUGUCGACUAACAUUCCGUUUGGACAGCGUAUUCCAAUUGCUUACCCACUUCCAAACUGUUCUGUUUUCCAUUUCUUAAUCUGUUUUGAGUUGGUUUGGAAGAAACGGGUGAGACUUUAGGGUUUGAUUCGAUCUGGGUAUUCUUUUUUGAAAAGGGUUUUUUGGAUUUUUAUCUUUGGAGUUCAAGCAAAGCUGUUCAUAACGUAUAAGUUUUGUGAUUAUUUGUUAAUAUCCCUUUUCUUUCACUUCUAAGUUUUCCCAAUUCGAUCCUCGAUUCAUAAUCAAUAUCGAUUCCUAGGGUUUCUGCUGUGUUCUUCACCGGGUUUUUCAGGCAGGAAGAGAGCACAAAAGGUAUCGAAAGCCAAUCUGAGUGAAGCCUAGUUUUGGGUGAUUCUUUGUGUUCAUAAUUUCAUUUGGGACUGUGAUAAAGUAAAGUGAAAUGGAAUUUUCUGCGCUUCUAACUUCAGUUGGUAUCAAUAUUGGCAUCUGUGUGGUGCUUUUCUCUCUGUAUUCAAUAUUACGAAAGCAACCGAGCAACAUAACGGUGUAUUUCGGUCGAAAGAUUGCGUCAAGAAAGUUGAAACACUGUGAAACCUUUUGCUUUGAUAGAUUUGUUCCUUCCCCUAGUUGGAUAGUGAAAGCUUGGGAAACAACUGAGGAAGAAAUUUUGGCUCUCGAUGGCUUAGAUUCUGUGGUUUUUCUCAGGAUAAUAAUCUUCAGCAUUCGGGUUUUUUCAAUUGCUGCCAUCACUUGCCUGUUUCUAGUGCUUCCAGUAAAUUAUUACGGUCAAGAAACGACUCACAAGCUGAUACCUUCCGAGUCGCUCGAUGUUUUUUCCAUUGAGAACAUCAAGGAAAAUUCUAAGUGGCUUUGUGCCCAUUGUAUCGCUUUAUACGUCAUAUGUUGUUCGGCUUGUGUUCUCCUUUACUUUGAGUACUUAAGCAUAAGUAGAAUGAGACUUAUCUACAUCACUGGUGCUCAAAUGAAUCCUACUUAUUUUACGGUUUUAGUCCGGUCGAUUCCGUGGUCUCCAGACGAAUCUUAUAGUGAAACUGUUCGGAAGUUCUUCACCAAUUACCAUGAAUCCGGUUACUUGUCGCACCAAAUGAUAUAUCGGUCGGGUACCGUUCAGAAACUGUUGAGUGAUGCAGAGAAAAUGUACAACAUGAUGAAGGAAAAUUCGGUCGAGAUGCACUGUCAGAAGUUCAAAGGAGGAUGUUUUUGUGCAGGACCAACAAAUUCUUUUGCGAUUCUUCCAAGUGUAAAUGACAGUGUGACAGAUAAGAACCUAUACGGUGAUAUGGACAUGUUGGCUGGAGAAAAGGAAUGUUCAGCUGCUUUUGUAUUCUUCAAGACUCGGUAUGCUGCGCUUAUGGCUGCGACCGCUCUUCAGUCAGCAAAUCCUAUGUCGUGGGCGACAGACUUAGCUCCAGCGCCUCAUGAUGUUUAUUGGUCAAACCUUUCUAUACCAUAUCGGCAACUUUGGAUUCGAAAGAUAGGAACACUGGUUGCUGCUACCGCAUUCAUGCUCGUGUUUUUGCUUCCUGUAACGCUCGUACAAAGCAUGACGCAGCUGGAACAAUUACAGCAAGCAUUCCCAUUCCUUAAAGGCCUCUUGAAAAAGAAAUAUAUGAGCGAACUGGUGACCGGAUACUUACCGAGCGUCAUAUUGAUUCUAUUUAUGUAUCUGGUUCCACCGACUAUGAUGUCGUUUUCAGCCCUGGAGGGAUCUAUUUCUCGCAGUGGGCGGAAACGGAGUGCAUGCCUUAAAGUCUUGUACUUCACGAUAUGGAACGUCUUUUUCGUUAACGUAUUUACGGGGUCGAUUCUUCGUACGUUGAAUGUCUUUUUUAGUGUAAAGGAUAUACCUGCUACAUUUGGCAAAGCGGUACCGGCACAGGCUAGUUUCUUCUUGACUUAUGUUCUAUCAUCUGGUUGGGCAAGUUUGUCUUGUGAAGUUAUGCAACUUUUUCCUCUUACUUGCAACUUGAUCAGAAGAUGGAUUCUUAGAAUCAAGAGCGAACCACUUUUCGAAACUCUUUCGUUCCCAUAUCACACGGAGGUUCCUCGAAUUCUCCUGUUCGGUUUCCUCGGCUUCACGUGUUGCAUCUUGGCUCCUUUGAUCACUCCCUUCUUGCUGUUUUACUUUUUUCUUGCCUACCUCGUUUACAAAAACCAGAUUCUCAACGUGUACGUAUCGAAAUACGAAAGCGGAGGACAAUUUUGGCCUAUAGCUCACAACACAACCAUCUUUGCUAUGGUAGUAGCUCAAAUAAUUGCUCUGGGAGUGUUUGGUCUAAAAGAAUCUCCAGUUGCAUCAGGUUUCACAAUCCCAUUAAUCAUCGGCACGCUCCUAUUUCACGAGUAUUGCAGGCAGCGAUUCGGUCCAAUAUUCAAAAACACAGCUGCAGAGGUGCUCAUUGAAAUGGACAGGAAAGAUGAACAAUGUGGUAGGCUGGAAGAAAUGUAUAAAAAGUUGCGAACUGCGUAUUGCCAGUUCACACUGUUGGCUAAACGAGACACGAGUACGUCGGGAUGUUCGAGUAAUCACAACAACGAAAACAGCAUUAUCGACACUGAAAGUGCAAAACCAGGGAAGCCAUUGGAAGUACAUGGUUUGUGGAAUCCUCCUUUCCAUUUAGAUGAUAUGGGUGAUUUGGGUGUACCAACACUCACCAAUAAAUAAAUUCGUUGUUACCGUUAAAUGUACAAAUUUUCUUCCAAACCCCCAUUUUAAUUGAAGGACUUUCAUCCCA